CCCGCCGCUUCCCGUCGGCUCGCGUCAUCAUCCACCCCGGUCCGCCACGGUGCCACCUCCUCCCAUCCACCACACCGUCCUCCAUCACCGGCGGCCGCGCCAUCGCAUCGACGCAUCCACCGCCAUUCGUACAUAUCAGACAUCUAGAGGAGGCUAUACGUGAAGAUCGCAUGCGCCGAGUAAAUCGACGACCCUCCUUUUCCUCCCCAUCCGCAGCAGGUAUCCGCAGCGGACAGCGGACAUCAUGCAGCUUUCCUUUGUCGCGUCGCCAAACUGCCUGACUAUUGGCAUCAGAAUGAGCCCGUCUCGCCCCAAUUGGCCGCCGGGACAUUACACCGGCAUCUUGGCGCGCAGCCCGAACGGCCUCGCAAUCACAAUCACGGCUUCCCGUAUUCAAAGUGCCUGCAAAGUGCCUGUGAGUUACAUGACGGAGCGUGGAGAUUGUGGAAUUUCAUCCUCAGCUUCAGCUUGCCGAGCCUGUCAGCCAUGGGUCCCGGUCGGCGCGUGGCCUCUAUAUUCCUUUUUCCUACGCCUCUGCCACGUUUCGUCGUUCCUUUUUCCCACGCCUAGGUUUCAUUUUUUACUUUUCAUGGCCUUCUAUAUCCUUCUCGUGACGAUCCGCUUGCCAUUGGGGGUGGCUUCUGCGGCUGUGGCCUGCAUGACAGCGGCGCGCGCGGCGAGUGCGAAAUUACACAUGGAUCCCAUGGCCAGAUGGGUGCAGAUGGGUGAGCUGCAUCUUGCCUCUCUGCCUCUCUCUCUCUGCGGCCUGCCUUUCUUUUGGGGACGACGAUUGGCACAUCGUCGCCGUCUGCUUUGGGACGACGCGGUCCUUGUCAAUUGAGCUUUCGAUGAGGGGCCCGCCCCUCUGGUUGGAGGCUGAGGUGUUGAAUGGAUGGAGCCAAGCCGCUGUUAGGAUGCGAUAACCGAGGACCCAUGGCGGCUGUGGUCCUAGGUUCCGCCCUGGGGCAGGCAGUCGACGCUGCUCGAGGCUCUUGAACACCCUUGUC